GCCAUGGUUGCUUGUCCUCGGAGCUGCUAAUGCGAUUCAGAAUCUCAUCACAAAUAUAUUACGUUGUACGUCUGCAUGCAAUGCACAACAACACUGAAUAGAUGGGAGAAUGCUGCCAAUAAAAAAUCGUUUAAAAUAUUGUUCGCUAGCCAUUGCGGCUGCGAGACUUUUCUCUGGACCCACGAAAAACCCUGUUGUAUACCUUGACAUUGCUGCUGACGGUGAAGAAAUUGGCAGGAUCAUAAUCGAACUGAAUGCCGAUGCUGUCCCCAAAACAACUGAAAACUUCAGGGCCCUCUGUACAGGAGAGCAUGGAUUCGGAUACAAAGGUUGCGUCUUCCACAGGGUGAUUCCUGAGUUCAUGUGCCAGGGAGGGGAUUUCACAAACCAUAAUGGCACUGGUGGAAAGUCCAUAUAUGGAAAGAAGUUCAAGGAUGAGAACUUCAAAUUAAAGCACACAGGUCCAGGCAUUUUGUCCAUGGCAAAUUCAGGUCCAAAUACCAACGGAUCCCAGUUCUUCAUUUGCACCAAGAAGACUGAAUGGCUGGAUGGUAAGCACGUGGUGUUUGGCCAGGUGAAGGAGGGCAUGGAGGUGGUCUCCGUCAUGGAGACCUAUGGCUUGCAUGAUGGAGGGACCAUCAAGAAAAUAGUCAUCACAGACUGCGGAGAGCUCAGAUAACCAUAUCGCAAUUCAGGUGCCAUCCAGAUUGUUGUUGUUUCAAGAGUCAGAUUAAUACGUAAUUUGCUUGACAAUGACUCAAGCAACAUGGGUGCAUUCUUUGUUUUUACAACUGUUUUAUUGUGAUAUUAUACUUAAUGUAAAUAAGAAAUGGAAAAUGGUAUUGAAACUGGAAAUUGAGUAGAUUUUCUAUUGUUUCUUUAAGAUCUGUAUAAUACUGUAUGUCGGUAUGCCUUGAAAAUGUGUUUUAUAGAUGCUUACUACGUAAGCAAAUACAGAGGGUUCAAUCAUCAGUUUGCAGAUGUACCAUUUUUAAUGACGAAAUGAAAAUACAUUUAUUUCUAAGCAUGUCAAAAUAAGGAUUGUGUUGUGUUUGAUUCACUCUGAGAAAAAAAUCCUCCUCAAAUGCAUCCAACACUUGUUGAAAUGUGAAUU